GACACGCCCUAUUUCCGCGAAAACUUGGCCUGUCCUCCUCCAGGAGAAAGCUCUUUAGAUCUCUCCUCAUUACCCUCGCUAUUAUUGCAAUCCUUCCUCCUCUUUACUUCCAUUUCAGUCUCCGUCGCUUCCACCAGCGGGACUCUCUUCUUUGCUUUUCCUUAUAAAAUUUCCAUAGAUUGGAGCAUGCUGUAUGCCCAAUUCGCUCUUAUUUGCUGUUGCCCUCUGAAGGCACAUAAUUAUUUUGUUGAAAAGAUACGGUGAUAUCUUUAUUUUAGCUACUCAGGUCACCUUUGAGAACCAUAUAAUUCCCCCUUUACAUUCUUGUAUUAUAUUUUGCCAUCUAUAUGCAGAUACAAUUACGAAAUUGCGGUUGGAUGCGGAGUCCUCCUUUAGUGUGCGCUCAUGGGGGUGACUCAACCAAGGCCUUCCCCAACACUGGAGAUUCUCACUGAAGCAUAAUACAAAGGAAGUUGCUGUUAUAUUGGUGGGACUGUGGGGAAGUAGUUGAUUGUGUGCUGAUCAUAUGAGGUUGAUGCAUUGACAGAUGAAUGCAUAUAAUAAUGCUUUAAGUUCUGGAGUAGAUUGCAUUGAGAUUGAUGUAUCUCGUUCUUCAGAUGGAGUAUUGUUUGCUCUUCAUGACAGGGAUCUGCAGAGAAUAUCUGGGAAUAGUACUUCUAGGGUUGGUUAUUUGACCAUCAAAGAGAUUGCAGAUCUGGGUUCCAGUCUUCAGCAUUCGCUAGAGUUUCAUGAUGUAAAUAUUCCAACCAUUGAAGAUGCACUAAAGUUCGUAUCAGGUUCUGUCAGGCAGGUUAUUCUUGAUGCUAAAGUUGGGCCACCUCUAUUUGAGAAGGGAUUGGCAAAGGAUAUCCUUUCUGUUGUUAAAAGAACCAAGUGUAGGAACUGCCUUGUAUGGGCGAAAAGUGACAGUCUAGCAAGGGAUGUAAUUAAGUUAUCCGGAGAUACAAUGGUGGGGUACAUUGUAAUGAUGGAUCCCUCAACUGGAACCAGGACAAAAUUAUUGAGGAUGCGGGGUGCUGCUGUGGUUGCUGUUUACCACCCUUUAAUUGAUGAAGAGCUUGUGAGAAUCCUACAUGGGAGGAAGAAGAAGGUUUAUGCUUGGACUGUUGAUGAAGAGGAGUGCAUGCAGAAAAUGUUGUUAGAGGGUGUGGAUGGUGUGGUCACAAGUAACCCUGCUCUGCUACAGCGUGUUAUGCAAGAUGCGAGAACACAAUGCUUUGAAGAAGGUUUUUCAUUGGCUUCUUCAGAGCACUAGUAAUGGUUUGAAGAAAGUCUAUGAUUGGGUUCUUAAGAAGUUGCAUAAAUUGAGAUCAAACGUGUCAGGCAUCAUGACCUCCAGACUCCAGAGAACAUUUCUUGUUUGGUGGCACCAAUAUACAUAUAUUUUUCUUGUUCUUGGAGUUGAUAAAUAGGGUGGUUACAGGUAUUGGAUUUAUCAUAUUGGCACAAGUAAAAAUUUGAUUGAGUGGAAGCUAAUCCAUGACUCCAUAUCUAUGGUGUGCGUAUAGCAUUUGUCUAAAGAAAAGGCAAUGAAAAAUCAACUGUUAGUAUUA